GGGGCGGGGCGGGGCGGUGACGUGUCCCUCGCGCUCGCGCGCGCGCGCGCGGCGGCGCGGUGACGUCGGCGCGGCGGCGCGGCGCGCGGCGGCGGCGGCCGGCCCCCCGGCAAGAUGGCGUCGCUGCUGCAGUCGGAGCGGGUGCUGUACCUGGUGCGCGGCGAGAAGGAGCUGCGGGCGCCGCUGCCGCAGCUGUACUUCUGCCGCUACUGCAGCGAGCUCCGCUCCCUCGAGUGCGUCUCGCACGAGGUGGACUCGCACUACUGCCCCAGCUGCCUGGAAAACAUGCCCUCGGCCGAAGCCAAGCUGAAAAAGAAUAGGUGUGCCAACUGCUUUGACUGCCCCUGCUGCAUGCACACCCUUUCUACCCGGGCCACCAGUAUUCCUGCUCCGCUCCCCGAUGACCCAGCCAAAACUACAAUGAAGAAAGCGUAUUACCUGGCCUGUGGCUUUUGCCGCUGGACUUCCCGGGAUGUGGGCAUGGCAGAUAAGUCUGUUGCUAGUGGUGGCUGGCAGGAACCGGAGAAUCCCCACACGCAGAGGAUUAACAAGCUGGUGGAGUACUACCAGCAGCUGGCUCAGAAGGAGAAGAUCGAGCGGGACCGCAAGAAGCUGGUGCGACGCCGAAACUACAUGCCGCUGGCCUUCUCGGACAAAUAUGGCCUGGGAACCAGGCUUCAACGCCAGAGGCCCGGCGCUCCGAUCAGCGCUCUCGCUGGACUCUCUCUGAAAGAAGGAGAAGACCAAAAGGAGAUCAAGAUUGAGCCAGCUGAUGCAGUGGAAGAAGUGGAACCUCUUCCUGAGGAUUACUACACCAGACCAAUCAAUCUGACAGAGGUGACGACCCUGCAUCAGCGUUUGCUGCAGCCCGAUUUCCAGCCGAUCUGUGCUUCCCAGCUCUACCCACGUCACAAGCAUCUCCUGAUCAAACGUUCGCUGCGCUGUCGGAAAUGUGAGCAUAACCUGAGCAAACCAGAAUUCAAUCCAACGUCUAUCAAAUUCAAGAUCCAGCUGGUUGCUGUGAACUAUAUCCCUGAAGUGAGAAUCAUGUCCAUUCCCAACCUGCGCUACAUGAAGGAAAGCCAAGUUCUUCUGACUUUGACCAAUCCGGUGGAGAACAUCACGCACGUCACCCUGCUGGAGUGUGAGGAGGGAGACCCGGACAACAUCAACAGCACUGCCAAGGUGGCAGUUCCUCCCAAGGAGCUUAUUCUGGCUGGCAAGGAUGCUGCAGCAGAGUAUGAUGAGCUGGCAGAGCCUCAAGACUUCCAGGAUGACCCUGACAUUAUUGCCUUCAGAAAAGCCAACAAGGUAGGAGUUUUCAUCAAGGUCACCCCACAGAAAGAGGAGGGCGAAGUGACCGUGAGCUUUAAGAUGAAGCACGAGUUUAAAAACCUUGCUGCUCCGAUCCGGCCCAGCGAGGAAGGCGAUCAGAUCUCCGAGGUCAUCUGGCUCACCCACCACGUCGAGCUCAGCCUCGGUCCAGUGCUCCCGUAAAAGCUCCCGACUGGUGUCCCAGUGGCUGGCCGCAGGACGGACUGUCAGUGAACGAGUGCACCCUGGUGAAACCUUCCGUCAGCGCUCCUUUGUGACGUGGGGGUGUGCGCCGCGCGCCCCAGCCAGGCCGCGAGGAGGAGGCUGCGGGGUGGGGGUGCUGUGCUUCGGGAUGAUUUGUUCUCUUCUUAUCGUAGUGCCCACUAACUAACGCUCUGCUUCCCUACGCUGCCACAGGCUAGUUUAACUCGCAGCACGUGUUUCAGCACACAGAAAGAGCUAGCUUUCUCCAGAUUCGCACUACUCCUGGCUGAAUUUGGCUUUGUCAACAAAAAAAAAGAACCCGUAUUGUUUUAUUCUUCGUGCCAGCCCACAAACCUAGUGUUACGUACUUGAUAGUGAAUGUCUCACCUCACACAGAAUUGUGCCCUUCUCGAACAAACAUGUUAGGAGGUGGCAAGGUCUGCUGCGUUUUGGCAAGGCUGUUGCCAGCAGCAUGCUGCUUUCUUUUCUUUUUCCGCUUCCUAGUAGGAUACCUCAAGUAACCGUGGAGCACUCGGACGUGAAGCCCUUCUGUUUUUGUGAAAAGACUCUGGCAUAUGUAGCUUCCUUAGCCAGGGUGAUACAUCUUUUCACAGAGGAGAUGAUCAGUUUGCCCUUAAACUCAAAAUGUAGUAUACUGUAGUGUUCGUGGAUUUGAGUGGUGACCAACUGCGCUGUAAGCCCGUUGUGUUGCAAGCUGGGUGUGGUAGCAUGAUAGAUUAUUACAAGCUGGGAAAGCAGAUCCUGCUGCGUCUCUUUGCUGAGGCAGUAGCGGUCCUGAGAGGCUGCCUGGCGGUCGUGGUGUUAAUAGAUGUGUGUUAAAAGAGGUAGCAAGUGAAGAGUACUAAAUGUGGACGGUUAAAGUUAGGUCCGGUGUACAAAAAGGAACUGCGGAGGUUGUCCAAGUUCGUGCUUUGUCUUUUUCCAGUUGGGGGGGGGGUGUAAAGGAGGAAGGACCAUUGUACUGUGGCUAGCGCACACUGCACCGCUGGGAAAAGAUCAUUUGUCUGCGGCGGAACUUGGCUGCAGUCCCUGCUGCAAACAGUAAUUAAGAGCAGCGUAUCCAGGAUACUGAGCAGCAGCUAGCUGCAGCAGCGCAGUGCAGGUGGGUGAGAGCGCUCCUCCUCGGGAGCCUCCAGUUUCAGUCCCAGUUGAGAUGGUUACCUUCGCGACCCUUUUCUGAUGGGCUUUGACGUGGUGGCUGGGGGGGAAAGGGGUGCCUGUCAGCCAGCUACAGCUUAGCUGCUCAAAAGACGCUCGUGACGUGGCUCUGCCAGCCUGGGGUUUCGCAUCCCCUGUGCGGGAGGGAGGAAUGACGCUGCGUCCCCCCCAAAGCGAGAGCUCUGCCUUGGCGGGCAGCGCGCCUUACAGCUCGGUCCUGCGACGCCCCUCGGAGCGGCGAGGCAUCCCCUUCACAACCUGGCGCGGGUUGCCCGCAGCCGUACAGCAUGCCUUUAACCGUGGUUUGUGUUUAUUAACGUGUAGCGCCAGCGUCCGCUGCUCUUCUGCCUUUCCACGGAGCGAAGCGCUCGAGCCGCGGCCGGGACUUCUCGGCCGCAGGCAGCCUAACCCCAACGCUACCCCCUCUAACUCCUGGAAACGGCCUCCUGGGGACGAGGUAGGGGCUGGGGGAGCCCCCGAGCCCCGGUUCGCCUCCCCUGGGGGUGCCGCUGAGGUUGGCGGGGCCCCCCCCGGGGCCGUCAGCGCCGCUCGGGGGCUCCGUGCCCCUCGGUCU